AUGGACGACUCCACGCCCCUUGCCUCGCUCUCCAUCACCCACAUCUACUAUGACCCCGACGAUUUGCUCUCCCUCGUUUGCGCCUACCUCGCCCUCCUCCCCCAGGCCCUCUGCGUCGUCUACGCGACCCUCAUCCUCUUCACCCGUGAAGUCGAAGUCGCCUUGAUGUUCGCCGGUCAGCUCGCCUGCGAGGUCAUCAACUUCGCCCUCAAGCGCCUGAUCAAGGAAGAGCGCCCGCUCCGCAUCCACGGCAAGGGCUACGGCAUGCCCAGCUCCCAUGCCCAGUUCGUCGCCUUCUGGUGCGUCUCCCUCGCCCUCUUCCUCCUCGUUCGCCACCGCCCACCCAAAGUCUUGCGCGGCCGCGCCGACAGCAGCGUCCACCAGCCCUGGUCUUUUAUCGAGCGAUUGGCUAUGAGUACGGUUGGCUUGAUCAUUGCUGGUGUCACGGCGUGGAGCAGGAUCUACCUCAACUACCAUACCACCAAGCAAGUCCUCGUGGGCUGUACUGCUGGAGUAGUCAGCGCCGUGGGGUGGUUCGCCAUUACUAGCAUUGUGCGCCACAUCGGUCUCCUGAGCUGGGCACUGGAGACGCCCCUCGCCAGGGCCUUCAGAGUCAGAGAUCUCGUGGUAGAGGAAGACAUGUGCCAGGCUGGUUGGGAGAAGUGGGAAGAGAGGAGGGCAGAAGUAGCAUCUUCAAAGAAGAGCAAGAAGACGACCUAG